CCCUCUCUCUCUCUCUCCUCCCUCUCUCACUCUAUAUGACUUUGUAUGUACGUAUGCAUUCUUGCAUAAUUAACAAUGAACACCAUGCACAUUAUUACACAUCUCCUAUUCUCUCUAUCCCUUAUCUCCUUCCUCUUCUCUUCCUACACUUUGUACUCGUCGCCGUUUUCGGCGCGUCCGAUGUUGUCUUCCCGGCAAUGGAUCGAGUUCUUGUGCUCGAAGCUCGAAUUGUUUCCGUCGUCAUGGCUCUUUACUGCUGCCAUGAACAAGAAUUUCUGGUUCUUGAUUUUCAACGGGCUUCUAGUGAUUCUUGCCAAGAUCUCGGGAUUUACUAUCCCCGUGGGGCCCCCUACGGCCCCCGCCGACGAUUUAGGGUUUAGGGUUGAGGCGAUCCCUAUGGGGCCCAAUGAAGAUUUAGGGUUUAGAGUCCAUGCAAAUGAUGCGGGCCCGGCCCAAAGUUUAGGGUUCAAAGUUCGAGCGAAUGAUGUGGGGCCCAUGCAUAGUUUAAGGUUUGGGGUUGAAGAUAUCGAUAUGGAAGUAGUUUUGGAGGUAUCUGAAUCGGGACCCACUUUUGAAAAAGGUCCCGCCGCCGCCGCGGCUGCGGAGGCGGUGGUGGAGGAGAGGGAGGUGAUUUUGGGGCGGGAGGGUCCCGAAAUCGGGGAUGGAUUGACGAUAGAGUGUGAUGUUGAAGAAGUGGUAGGCGAUGAUCGCGAUUUUGAUGGCGAUCACGAUCAAGAUCACGACGAUGAUGGGAUCGGUGAAGAGAGCGGCGACGAGGCCGAGAUGAUGAGUACGGAGGAAUUGAACAAAAAGUUCGAAGAAUUUAUUAAGAGAAUGAAGGAGGAAAUUAGAGUCGAUGAAAUUCAACAAUAUUAUCAGCAACAAUUAGUGGUCGUAAAAUAAAUUAUUGUAAUAUUUAAUAGUAGUAUAUAUAUUUUUAUUGGGUAGAAUAUAAGUCUAUAUAUACUUUUAGAGUGUUUUAUUUCAUACUUUGUGUCUUUUUGAGGGAUUACUAGCUAUGCUUGUAGAUCAAAUAAUGAGUGUCAUUUAUAAAUAAAUUUUUACCUA